AUGCUGCAUCAAGAGUCACAACAAGCAGAAAUUUCACGUGCUGCACAACAACAACAACAACAACAACAACAACAACAACAACAACAACGGCAACAACAACAGCAAUCACCGCCUUCACCUCUACCGCUAGCACCCCAACAGCAGCAUUUGCAACAACAAACAGGACAGUAUUAUACGCAACAGUAUGCUCCUGGGUAUUAUCAAGCACAGCUCUUGCCUGAACCACCGAUGUAUUCGAGUCAGCAGUAUCAACAACCAAUACAGCAACAACAUCAACAAACGCAACAUCAGCAGCCGCAGCAGCCGCAGCAGCCGCAGCAGUUGCCUCUACAGUAUCAACCCAACCCACGAAAUGACCAACAAGUACAGCAGCCAAUGCAACCACCACAAGCACCGGGGGUACAGCAAUAUUUUCCACCCGCCUAUCAACAAAUACCUCCUUUUCCCCAAUAUGCACCAACUCAACCACCAACAAUUCAUUACCAGUACCAAUCGCUGCCACCGCAACAACCACCUCCGCAAAAUUUUGGACCUCCUGUUAACAGCUAUAGAUCAGUUCGCUUUCAAGGAGAAGCCAAUUCUGCUCCACAGAACCAAUCUCAAUCCCAACUGCCAGUUGUUAAAACAGAGCUCGAAGAUAGGCAAACUUUUACCGCAUCAGCACCAGCAGUAGCAGCAGCACCACCACCUCCAGCACCAACAGACUCUUCUUCCCCUUCACAAAGCUCAACAAAACUGAAGCGCCGCAGCACAACACCCGAAAAGCCCCCCGUAGAAGAACGUCCCUUCAAAAAGAGAUUGCAAUCGGCAAAAUCGUUGUCCAGGACUUCAGUCACAUAUCCAAGGAAAAGAGCAGUAACGGCGUGUGAUACAUGUCGAUUAAAAAAGACAAAAUGUGAUAAUGUACGUCCACAAUGUGGAUCAUGCAUUCGUAAUGGAAAUCGAAAUUGCCAAUACAGUACUGAUGAUCAACUCAAUGAUUACUCGAGCUAUGAUCCGGCUUCAUUGAACAUUUUGACAAAAUUGGAUGUCAUUUUAAAGGAUUUAAAUCAGAUCAAAGCUAGUGCAUCCGUGUGCGGUUACAACAAUGACACUGAAAAAGUUGCAGCCAGUACAAGCGACCACAAAGUUCCACACAGCGACAGUCAUAAGAUAGGCAAAGAUUGCCAAUAUGAUGACUGCAUAUGGGACAUGUCUGUGACAUCAGUCAUCAAUUGGAACAUAUUUAAACAAAAUUUACAUGUGACACAAGAUGAAGUGGAGACUAUUAAAAAGAAGCUUCUCAAUCUGUACGAUCGAAACAAUUUUGUCCUUCACGCAAAAGCAGAAAGCCCUAGUUCAUUAAAAGAGAAAACCGAUGAUUUCAGAAUUGUUGAACAAUUGCUAAUGGCAAAUUUCACUAGCGUUAUAAACUCAUUCUUUGUCAAUAUGCACACAAAGUUACCCAUUUUGAAUGUUUGUGAAUUCUUUACUGUAUUGGAAUUGUAUCAGUUCUUGUACUCCAAAAUGCAAAACUUUUCAAUACCGAAGCUACUUGAAUUGUUUGAAAAGGAAGCGUUACCACAACUGAUUGUUCAAGUUUACAAUGAUCUGAAGAUGGAGUUGAAUGAUUGGGAAAUUGACAAACUCAAACUUUUAGUUGAGUUUAUUCCGUUGAUUUUGGUCAUUUCCGCCCUUGGCGUUUCAGCCAUACCCGUGCAUCUAGACAAUUUAACCACAUUUAAAAACUCCAUGGAUGAAGCAGCAUCAACUGCCAUUGGCUGCCUAAGUGGUGAAAAAUGUUUUGAUGGUAUCUCAACCACACUCACUUCAAAUAGGGCUAAUAUUGCAUACAAAUUGCUUACAUACUCACAAUUCCUUCUUCAAAUGUUUCCAUUUAUUAUGAAGGAAAACACUAUUCGAUCGACUCAAUAUUAUUUGCUAGUGAGUCAGUUGCAUUUGCAAAAUAACAAUCCAUUGUUUGCUCAUAAAUUUAUUGUCAUUGCUAGCAGGAACAUUAUGUACUACUUACAAAAGACAAAGUACAAUGCCACCGACAAUGACAAUGAAAAAAAGGAUGUACUUGAUCGAGUCUUCUGGACUUGUUUAAAACUUGAAUGUGAAUUGAAUAUCGAAUUAUCACCAUUUGUUUCUCUUUCAGGAAUACAUCGGUUUUCACCACCGACUUUGUUCCCCAAGGUCCCUGAGCCAUUAAAUAAUGAUGCAAAGGGUAAGUAUAGUGGAUCUGCUCUACGAUUAACUGAAAAAUACGAUGAUCAAUACACUUGGUAUUAUUUCUUGACUGAAAUCGCAGUGAGGAAAGUUGAGAACAAGAUGCUCGAUGAUUUCUACUCGUUGGAAUCUACGUUGCAUCAUACUUGGGACCUGGAAAAGUUUGCAGCUGAGACUGUAUGGACAGAUUUUGUCAAAUACUUGAAUCAGUAUAAUGGAAUCCUCAAUUCAUUAACACCAGAAAUCAGAUAUUUUGUAUUACAAGAAAUUGAUGUUGACUUUGUUUACAAACGUAUCAAGAAAAAGUAUGAUCGGAAACAGGCCAAUGGGUCCAAAGACAAAAGUAUGCCCCCACGUGACGAAUCUGUUGAAUUAUAUACAGAUAUGUUUGAUAAUUUGGAUGAUUUUUUAAUUGAUGACGACUUGUUGCUUCGUGCACAAUCAGAAUCAAUAAUGUAUAUCAAAACCAGAGUAUUGGCAUCCAAGUUGCUUUUGUUUCGUCCAUUGGUGUAUUUGAUAUUGGAGGACAAGAUCCCUCUAUUGGAAUUGGUUACUGCUGCGUCUUCUGUGAUUAACAACGCAGUGGUUUCCGAGCCGGCUUUACUUGAGAGUAAUCUUGGUUUUGAAACUCCAGUCUCUUCGACAGCUUCCAAUACAAUGGCUGAUUCAAAUGACUUUUCAAGUGCUUUUGAAAUUGAUUUGGAUUUUUUCAAUUUGAAUAAUGCUCCACUAUUUUAUCAAAAACAAUAUCCGGACGAAGACUUUUCCAGUUUGAUUGAGUACACUAGAUGUAGCACAGAUGACCCCACACAAACUGGUACAGAUGAUGAAGCCAAUUUUAGAAUUAAAGAUAUGGCCGCUGCCAGAUCCAAGAUUUUACGCAUCUUCUUCCAGAAUCUAAUUUCAAUUCCGAAACUAAACAUUCCACGUUUGGCAUGUCAUAGACAUCCAGGAAGUUGGUUCUACAUACGUAACUUGUUUAUUGGAAGUGUUAUGCAAUACCUCAUGUUUAGAAAGAUUCAACAAGUUUUACUCGCAGCUAGUUCAAGCAAGGAAAUACAGACAUUGAUGUUGCAGUCAAUGCGAGACAAUAAUGAAGGAGGUAGCUCUACCGAGGCACCAGCCAAGUCCUUUGAUGAUAUUGUGCAAAUGAUCUCAAAUGUGAUUAGUGAAGAGAGUAUAGUUGCUAAUUUAGAACAUCUGAAGAUUGUGUUUGAGUACUGGAAAGAAGAAAUGAGCGAUUGUGCUAUAUAUCAAGAGCUUAUGACGAGAAUGUUGGACGAAUUGUGA